AAAAAAAAUAUUUUGUAAAUUUUCUUACCGUAUGAUAUCUUAUCCUUCCCAAUUCCCAUCCUUCCAAAAUCAGCAAUGGCCUCUGCCACAGAAGAACGCAUUUGUUUGUUUCUUUGUUUCUUCCUCUUCCUCCAUCUCUCAACAUCAACCAAAAACAACCCAAUUCCAUCGCCGUGGCCGGAACAGUUUCAUUCAGUCCUAUUCAUAAACAGAAGCGGCAAUCUUCAAAAAACCGACCUAUGGUACGAUUGGCCCAAAGGACGCAACUUCAACAUUAUCCAAUAUCAGCUUGGUGUUCUCAAAUAUGACCUCGAAUGGAACAAUGGCACCUCCUUUCUCUAUACUCUCGACCCUUUUAAUCACACUUGCAAAAGGCUUCAUUUUGAUGUGGGUAUUCUUCGACCCAAUUGGCUUGAUGGUGCUAACUAUUUGGGUCAACAAUAUGUUGAUAAUUUUCUUUGUAAUGUUUGGGAGAAAGUUGAUUUUAUUUGGUAUUAUGAGGAUGUUGUUACUAAAAGACCUGUUAAGUGGAUCUUCUACUCCGGAAUGAUUGCUCAUGUGAUGACAUUUGAGGUUGGUGCAGUGCUGGAUGAUGAGCAUUGGCAGGCUCCUGUCUAUUGUUUUAGUGAGGCUGAGCCUGAACCAAAGAUACACAACAGAAGGAGCAGUUCUUUAUUAGAUUUAGAAGCUGCUGUUGAUGGUGGUUUUCGUGGGACAUUAAUGAGUGAGAUGAGCUAAACCACCCAGCAAUAGCGUACGGUUUAUAAUUGUGAGGGUUGUGGGGAUUUACUUCCAGUCUCUUCUGGCUUUGUCCUCUUUCAUCCAUAUUUCCUCUUCAAGUCCUCUUGACUUCUCACCAGGGAUAAGGUUUUUCCUUGGCCGUAGUGCUUUGGUUCUAUACUCUCCCCCGGGUUUUUGCCUCUAUGUUUUCCUCUCUGCGCUUUGAUGUUGUUCAGGAUGCAGUCGUCGUAGACUCGUAGUGCUUUGUUGUUGCUCAUCACCAUGGCUAAAUUCUCUUUGUACUUGCAGCGUAUCUGACGCUCAUUCUGCUACCACAGGGUCCAUAGCUCCCUUGUUUUAUGUUUAGUUUUUUAUCUUUAUGUUUAGUUUUAUUUAAGUAUGUAUUUAUGGUGUUUGAUGAUACACCGCCAAAAGGGAUUAAUUUGAUGGACUGGAGCUUUGUGUCCAGAGCUAAAGAUAAAUAGCUUCCGGGCAUGUGGUUAAUUUGGACAAAUUUGAGAUCACUUGUAGUCAAAUCGUGCCCGUAGAAGCCAAACAUAUGAUCAGUAAAUGGAUAUAUAAUUUAAGAUUGUGGACUCUCCUGUUCCCUUUGUCAUGGACCAUACGUAGAAGAAUUUGUUUUGUUUGUUAGCAUUUAGAGAUGAGAUUGACAUUUCCCUCUAAGGUUUGUGUUGCUCUUUUUUUUUUUGGCUUAAGGUCAAAUUUGUGUAUGGAAAGUGUCUCACACAGUUUAUUCUAGUAAUUUGGUUGUAUGGUGUCGCUUUAUGUUGAAUGAAGUUGUUUAACUGUAAGAAAAAUAGAAUUUUCUCCGUUAAAAGCCUUUUUAUAUAGCCACAAUAUGUGAUUCCAUUACCAGUGGCAAUCUAGCAU